AUGUGCUAUGAUACCCAAAGUGGGUAUCAGCAAUGGAAAUGCCCUAAUAAGUGGGCAACAAUAAAUCUGCAAAAUGAACCAUCUGGUUCAGGGAAAGAGAUCAUUCACAUCCCAAGAUCAAACUCUUUGCAAAUUUGUCUCGUUAAGACAGGGGCAACUACACCGAUGAUAUCAACUUUAGAACUACGACCAUUGGCGAAUGAUACUUACCUGGCUAAAUCUGGCUCCCUCAAACUUAACUUUCGCAUGUAUCUUAGCAAUUCCACUGUUAAUAUUCGGUACCCAAAAGAUGUGUAUGAUCGUACAUGGAUUCCAUAUUUUCAACCCGAGUGGACUCAAAUUUCAACAACUUUGAAUGUGUCCAAUAAAAACCACUAUGAUCCACCGCAAGCUGUGCUUAAGGUGGCCGCGACACCUACAAAACUGGACGCGCCAUUAACGAUAAGUUGGAGUUUGGAGAAUCCUGAUGAUCAAAUCUACAUGUACAGACACUUUGCUGAGAUCCAAGUAAUAAAGGCCAAUGACACUAGAGAAUUCGACUAUCUAUUGAAUGGAGAAACAAUUAACAUUAAAGCUAUUAGUCCAAAAUUUCUUGAAAUAGAGACUAUGCUUACCACAAUUCCUAAGGAAUGCAUAGGAGGUAACUGCCGUAUGCAGUUGAUAAAAACAUCAAGAUCGACACUUCCACCUCUACUAAAUGGUUUUGAAGUUUACUCAGUUCUUCAGCUUCCACAACUUCAGACCAAUGAAAGUGAAGUGGUUGCUAUCAAGAACAUCAGCUCAACUUAUGGAUUGAAUAGAAUCAGUUGGCAAGGAGAUCCAUGCGUCCCCAUCCAAUUCUCGUGGGAUGGACUAAAUUGUAGCAAUACAAAUAUAUCAUCACCACCGAGAAUAAUUUCUUUAAGUUUAUCUUCAAGUGGCUUGACUGGAACCAUACUAUCAGAAUUUCAGAAUCUGACUCAUCUAGAAAUUUUGGAUUUGUCAAAUAACACUUUGAGUGGAAUGGUGCCUGAGUUUCUAGCCUCUAUGAAAUCAUUGUUAGUCAUAAACUUGAGUGGGAACAAUCUUAGCGGUUCAAUUCCUCAAGUUCUUCGAGAUAGAGAAACGGAAGGACUAAAGUUAUAUGUCCUUGGAAACAAAGAUCUUUGUCUAUCAAGUAAAUGCAUAGACAAGCCAAAGAAGGAAUUUCCAGUGAAGAUUGUUGCACCGGUUGCUUCCAUUGCAGCUAUAGCUGUUGUGUUGAUCAUCAUUUUUGUGUUCAUAAAGGAAAUAUCACCGAGGAACAAGUCUGAACCGUGGAUCAAGACAAAACGACGAAGGUUUACUUAUUCAGAAGUUAUGGAAAUUACUAAGAACUUGCAACGACCUCUUGGUGAAGGAGGAUUUGGCAUCGUUUAUCACGGUACCCUAAAUGGUUCAGAGCAAGUAGCUGUCAAACUACUUUCCCAAACAUCAGCUCAAGGUUAUAAAGAAUUCAAGGCAGAGGUCGAACUUCUUUUGAGAGUUCACCAUAUAAAUUUGGUAAGUCUUGUUGGGUAUUGCGAUGAACAAAAUCACUUUGCCCUCAUCUACGAAUACAUGUCCAAUGGAGAUUUACAUCAACAUUUAUCAGGCAAAAAUGGUGGCUCUGUUUUACUACAAAUAGCCAUCGAGGCAGCAUUAGGAUUAGAAUACUUGCAUAUUGGAUGCAAACCAGCAAUGGUGCAUAGAGAUGUCAAAAAUACAAAUAUAUUGUUGGAUGAAGAGUUCAAAGCCAAAAUUGCGGAUUUCGGGCUUUCGAGAUCUUUCCAAGUUGGAGGCGAUCAAACUCAAGUUUCAACCGUAGUUGCUGGUACUUUGGGAUAUCUUGAUCCUGAAUAUUAUUUAACAAGUGAGUUAUCUGAGAAGAGUGAUAUCUACAGUUUCGGGAUCUUAUUGCUAGAAAUCAUCACAAAUUAACGAGUGAUUGAUCAAACUCGUGAAAGGCCUAACAUAGCGGAAUGGGUCACAUUUGUGGUUAAUAAAGGAGAUAUCAGUCAGAUCGUGGAUUCUAAACUUCAACGGAAUUACAAGCCCCGCUCUGUCUGGAAAGCUCUUGAACUGGCUAUGUCAUGCGCAAAUCCCUCUUCGGCCAAACGACCAAACAUGUCCCAAGUUAUCAUCAAGCUUAAAGAGUGUCUUGCAUCUGAAAACGCGAGGACACGUAGGUAUCAAGAUGCGGACUCUCAUCAUAGUUCGAGUGAGCUGAGAGUGAGUGUGACUUUUGAUACCGACUUGUACCCUAAGGCAAGAUAG